AGAAAAAACACUUGUACGGUGGCAACAACGAUGGCCCUAUAAAUCCCUAACAAAAACAACGUGUUACUCUAACAAAUUAAGCACGGCGUAAUUUUGAAGACUGAAUAUUUUCAGACAUAAUGGAGGCCCAGCCAGCUUCUUUAAACACUGUUAGUAAGGAAAUCGAGGCUGCUCCAAAGAAAGAAAGGAAAAUUUUCCAUCCUCGAAAUGUUGUCAAGGGAGUCCCAGUUGAAAUAGAAAAUGACCCUAAACUUAAGCUAGCUAUGGAUAUUCUACCAAAAAAUUAUAAUUUUGAAAUUCCUAAAACAAUCUGGAGAAUCAGACAAGCUAAUUCAAAACAUGUUGCUUUACAGUUUCCUGAAGGCUUGUUGUUAUUUGCUACAACAAUAGCUGAUAUAAUUGAAUCCUGGACUGGAGCAGAAAUUACAAUAAUGGGAGAUGUAACAUACGGAGCUUGUUGUGUUGAUGAUUUCACUGCACGAGCUGUUGGUGCAGAUUUUAUGGUUCAUUAUGGGCAUUCAUGCCUUAUACCAAUAGAUCAAACUAGCUCCAUUCCAUGCCUAUAUGUUUUUGUAGAUAUUCAGUUUGAUAAAGUGCAUCUCAUAGACACCAUUAAGUCAGUUUUUCCCACAUCUGUACCUUUAGCUUUAGUGUCCAUUAUUCAGUUUGUGAGCUCACUCCAAAAAAUGGCCCAAGACCUCAAGAGUUGUGGAUAUACAGUGUGUCUCCCUCAGUGUCGACCAUUAUCCCCAGGAGAAGUUCUUGGCUGCACUUCACCACCUGUUCCAGAAGGUCAUACUAUCAUUUGUCUAGGUGAUGGUCGAUUCCACUUGGAGUCCAUAAUGAUUUCAAAUCCAGAAAUUCCCACAUACUUGUACAAUCCUUACUCUAAGGUCCUCUCUAGAGAAUACUAUGAUCAGCCAAUGAUGAAAAAAAUCCGUAAGGAUGCCAUCGAUAAAGCAAGCAAGGCGAAUAAGUGGGGACUAAUAUUAGGAACUCUUGGAAGACAAGGAAGCACCAGAGUUCUUGAAAACCUUCAAAAGCAGUUAAUGGCUAUGGGAAAAGACUUCGUCAUUGUUCUUCUGUCUGAGAUCUUCCCAGCAAAGUUAGCGGCCAUGAGUGAUAUAGAAGCAUGGGUGCAAGUAGCUUGCCCACGACUUUCUAUUGAUUGGGGAGCUUCAUUCCCUCAGCCAUUGUUAAACCCUUAUGAAGCAACCGUGUCUCUUAAACAUGCUGAGUGGCAUGCUAAGCAUUACCCGAUGGACUUCUAUGCCAAUGAAAGCUUAGGAGAAUGGACACCUAAUCACAAACCACCUUGUCCUUGUGGUUUAAAUCGGACCACUGGUUGCAAAGGAUUAAGGUGCCCAAGUGCACAGAAUAAGUAAUUUAUUCACAUGUAUUAUACCCCAGAUUCUACUGUACAUUCUUGUGGAAAAGAACAGUUUAUAAUGCAUCUAUGUAAA